AUGGUUGCUUCCUCCCAGGUUUCCAACCACUUCCCAUUCCUGAAAAGCAGACUCUGCCGGGCAUGGCUCGGGGGGUCGCAGCAGCUCCCAGCCCCCCACUGGUGCCACACCGGGGGCUGCAGCGGUCCCGUGGCGCCGGCGGAGACCCUGUUCACCACACGUGCGGACAGGGCGGUGCGGCUGCGCCUGGACCCUGAGGACCCCGGCGCCUUGCCCCCCAUCACCGUGCACCAGCUGUUCCAGGCGGCGGUGGAGCGCCACGGGGACCGGCCCGCCCUGGCCUACAAGCGGGGGCAGACGUGGGAGCGCCGCCGGCGCCGGCGGCGGGCCGGCCCCGCCGCCAAGGGCUUCCUGAAGCUGGGCCUGGAGCGCUUCCACGGCGUCGCAAUCCUGGGCUCCAACAGCCCCGAGUGGGUCAUCGCUGACUUCGGGGCCAUCAUGGGGGGGCCUUGGGUGCAGCAGCAGCUGCCCCACCUCAAGGCCAUCGUCCAGUACCGCGACCCGCUGGAGGAGAAGAGACCCAACGUGUACACGUGGGAGGAGUUCAUGGAGCUGGGGAGGACCGUGCCCGACUCGCAGCUGGACUCCAUCAUCCGCUCCCAGUGCGUGAACCACUGCUGCCUCCUGAUCUACACCUCGGGCACCACGGGCACGCCCAAGGGCGUCAUGCUCAGCCACGACAACGUGACGUGGCAGGUCCGAAUGUUGAAGGAGGUGCUGGGGCUCCAGGGUCACGAGGUGGUCCUCAGCUACCUGCCCCUGAGCCACGUUGCCGCGCAGUGCGGAGACAUCUGGGUAGCAAUGUCUGUGGCAGGCACCAUCUUCUUUGCGCAGCCCGACGCCCUCAAGGGCUCCCUGGUCCCCACACUGAAGGAGGUGCGCCCCACAAUCUUGUUCGCUGUGCCCCGCGUGUGGGAGAAGAUGGAGGAGAAGCUCAAAGCCGCCUUCAGCCAGUCGUCCCUGGUCAAGAGGAAGCUGGUGGAGUGGGCACGGGGCAUCGGGCUGCAGGCCAGCUACAGCCGCCUGGACGG